GCCAAUUUUUUUGAUUAUGAAGAUGAAGAAGAAAAUUCAUUUUUACCAACGAAAACAACAGAAGAUUUUUCAUCAUCAUCAUUACAGAAAAAUGUGAAUAAAUCAAUUACUUCAUCAAGUGUUGAAAAUGACUGUUCACAAAAUGAUGGUAAAUUCAUCAUAGAAUUCAUUGAUGAUGACAUUGAUCAACGAAUAGCCAAAUUAAUCGAAUCGAAUUUAGUUUCGACAACAUCAACAACAACAACGACGACGACGACGACGAAAUCAUUAAUGAACAUGACGAAAUUAUCUACACGACAAGCUGUAGAUAGAAUUUUAGCCGGUGAUCUUGAUCAUGUCAAUCUAUCUUUGUUUCGAGGACGAGAACAAAAACUUGAAUUAUUAGAUUAUGCAAUACUUAAUGGAGAUAAAUAUACGAUAACAUUGGUGAUACAGUUUCUGGAACAAACGUUGAAACCAUCCAUAAUACUUUAUGAAUUGAUACGUCGUCCAAUUGCUGCUGAUCAUUAUCUAAUCUAUUUACGUUCAACCGAACGAUUAGAUGAACAGAUGAACAUGUUGAAUAUGAUGGGUCGAUAUGAAGAUGCUGCAUUUGCAACUUAUUCACGUGUGGCUACAAAAUCAACAAAUACUGAUGCUCAACAACAACAAAUUCGUGCAUUAGAACGUGCCUUAUUAAAUUUUACUACCGGUGGUAUUGAGCUAACUCAAUAUCAUUCAUUGAUAAAAGAACAUAUCACAUUAUUGGAACAUCAAUUACCAAUCGAAUCGGAUGAUCGACGCCGUUGUGAUGAGGUGUUACGAAUAGUGCAACAACCACAACAACAACUACAACAACAAUCGAAUAAUGUCGAAUCGAACGUUGAAGACAAUCAAUUAUUUGUGAUACAUCAGCCACGGCCUUGUUUAAUUGGACUUUCAUUGAUGGAAACACUUCAUUAUUGUCAUCUUUAUCAUCAUCAUUUACCUGAUAAUAAUUUUGCAUCACCGUUCCAUUUGAAAAAAACAUUUCAGAUUAGUGAUCGACAAUUUUUAUGGAUCGCAUUACAAUCAUUGGCCAAAACAAUGCGUUGGCAAGAGAUUGAUAAUCUUUUUGAAUAUAAGUCAUGGCUUGGUAGUCGUAAAAUUCGUCGCAAUAUCAUACCGAUUACUGAUAUUGUUCAAGUAUUGUAUAAGAAUUCAGCACCACAAGAAAUGUUGGAAAAAUAUCUUGAUCUUGUCGAUGAUAUUGAAAAUCGUUUACAAUUGGCUAAAGAAUUUCAUAUGAAUAAAUAUGCUGCCGAUAUUUUAAUAAAACUACGUGAUCGUAAACGGCUAACUGAAUUACGAUCAUUGAUAAGCACAAAAUUCGAAAUGGAUCAUGUUCAACGUUAUAUUGAUAAUGCUUUAAUUGCAUCGACAAUUAAAUGGCGUAAUUGAUUACAUGAAUGAACAUCAUGCCUGUGUGUGUUGUGUAUUGAACAUGUGAUUGUCAUGUUUUUUCUGUUGUUCGAUUAUUUUUGUAAUUAUUAUAUAUAAAGUAAACGAAAAAAAUGUUAUUCCGCCAAUGUUAUCGAUUUGUUGUGAAUAAUCGUAAUAAUAAUAAUAACAAUAAAAUAUUGAAAUUA